AACGUCACUAUCAUCACCCGUUUUGACAGCUAGUGGAUAAUUGUGUCAUGUCACCAGCGAUUUAAACAAACAGAAAAUUAACAAUUACGUGUCCAUCGCUCAAGUCAAACUUCUGCGAGCUUCAAAGCUUAUCAGUUUUUAUGAGUAUGUUGUUUCAUAAAAAACAGAAAGUAAAUAAUUAACGACUACGAUUUUAGGUAAAAAUGUCAGAUUUUGGAGACUGGUACAAAAACGUACCACUUUUCACGCGGUAUUGGCUAUCAGGAACCGUAAGUUUCACUCUACUCGGACGUUUUGGGAUUUUCAAGCCCCAGAAUUUAAUUCUGUAUUAUGAUGCAAUAAAACGGUUCCAAAUAUGGAGAUUGGUGACGUCCGCCCUCUACUACCCUCUGAAUCCAAGCACUGGAUUCCACUAUUUAAUCAAUUUAUACUUUUUAUAUAACUACUCACGCCGACUUGAAGAAGGUGUAUAUGCAGGACGACCCGCCGACUAUUGCUUCCUCUUGGCUUUUAACUGGAUAUGUUGCGUGAUCGUUGGCCUCCUUAUAGAAAUGCCACUACUACUAGAUCCAAUGAUUCUCUCAGUACUCUACAUCUGGUGCCAACUCAACAAAGACACAAUCGUGAACUUCUGGUUCGGAACGCGGUUUAAAGCAAUGUACCUGCCGUGGGUCCUUCUCGCUUUCAACAUGGUAAUAUCAGGAGCAGGCGUCCAAGAACUGAUUGGAAUUUUAAUUGGGCAUCUAUACUUUUUCCUGAUGUUUAAAUACCCACAAGAGCUGGGGGGACCAUCGUUACUCCAAACGCCGUCAUUUUUAAAAGGGUGGUUCCCGGACCAAGUCGGGGGCGUUCACGGGUUUGGAGCGCCGCCGCCCCGGCGACCCGCCCAACAAAACCCACGCGGGGGCUUUUUCGGGGGGCACAACUGGGGCAGGGGACAUGUUCUCAACGGAAAUUAGGCUAAGGGAUUUUUGUUGCAUUUUAUUGUGUUUAAUUAUUAAUUAAAAAUUUAAUUACUACUACUUAAA